GCAAGAUUCAUUCGCAGUACGUGGCGCCACGGCAGCGAAUCUCGCGUGAAACUGCAGUCGCUUCAGCCGCCGCCGAUGCGACGCACUCGCCAGGAUGCUCCGUCGCCUCCACACGCACGGCCAGCGCCACGCGCUGCGGCGCUUGGAGCACGCAAUGCACAGCGACCGUUGGCUGCUGGUCCACCCCCAGCACACGCUCGAGCCCGCGCCUCGUGAUGCACUUCGAACGAAAAUGCUCCUUGCGGUGCUCGGUCUUGGCGCGCUGCAUACGACGCUGAGUCUCGAUAACGACGUGCCGCCUCUGUGGACCACCGACGCCGGACCAGGUCUCGUUUUACUAUCGCCCACCAAGCCGUCGAUCUUGAUCGUCAACGACAACCUCCCGACCAACGUCAACGGCGUUGUGACGUUCCUUGCCAAUAUGGAGCGCCACGCGUCUGCGUACAGCGUCUCGUACUUGAACCCGUCGCAGUUCCCGCACAUCGACUGCCCGGGGUACCCGGACAUCAAGCUCUCGCUGCCCUUCCGCCUGGUAUCCAAGCUCCGGAGCCAUCGACCUGACUUUAUUCACAUUGCCACCGAAGGCCCGCUGGGUCUCGCGACACGACUCUACUGCGACUUGAACCGGAUUCCGUACAACAGUGCGUACCACACGCGCAUUCCCGAGUACAUGGAGGUCGUCUUUGGCGUCCCGGAAGCGAUUGGGUACGCGUACCUUCGCUGGUUCCACCGCAACUCGGCCGCUGUGCUCACCACGACUGAUACCAUGGUGCAUGAGCUGCGUCGGCGCGGCUUUAAAAGCCUGAUCCAGCCCAUGAAGUUUGGUGUCGACCGACGCCUCUUUCGCCCGACCAUACGCCGAGCACGCGAGACGACAACCGCCCACGGACCGAUCCUGCUGAGCGUUGGCCGCGUCAGUAAAGAGAAGGGCCUCGACGCCUUCUGCGACCUCGACUACCCCGGCGCAACCAAGAUUGUCGUUGGCGACGGUCCGUACCGCAGUGAACUCGAGGCGCGGUACCCCGAGAUCCAAUUUGUGGGUCUGCAGACUGGCGAAGCGCUCGCCGAGUACUAUGCCAACGCCGACGUCCUCGUCUUUACGAGUCGCACCGACACGUUUGGCCUCGUCAUGAUCGAGAGCUUGGCGUGCGGUACACCGGUCGCUGCGUUCCCGGUGCCGGGACCGUUGGACGCGAUCGAGUGUGGCGUCACGGGCCAUUUGAGCGAGGACCUUCGCGCCAGCAUCGACGUUUGCUUGGGUUUGGACCGAGCGGCGGUGGCGACGGCCAGCGAAGUGUGGUCGUGGGAGCACUGCUGGGCGACGUUUGAGAAGCACUUGGUGCGAUCGAACCUUUCGGAGUAGAAAGCGUUGAGCAGUUGUUGAUUGAUGUGUAUUCAGUAUGUAAACCAGUCCACUACGUUUUGCAUGUGUUCCCGUGGGUCCCUCCACGUUUCGUAAUUUUCGUGUUGGC